GAGGAGGGUCCGGCCUCAGAGCGUCGCUGCGCCGCACGUGUACAAGCCUGGCGGGUUGUGUCCACCCCAGCGUUCCGGGGCCCAGGCUCAGCUGCUUAUGCUGGGCCGCCUCAAACCCUGGAUUUUGCGAGUGACCGUGGCCACCGCUCUCCCGCGAACGAAGCUGCGCGCUCUCCCCGUCGCCGUCCAACCCGCGCCGCGCCGCGCCGCGCCGCGCUCUCAGGCUCCGGGUUCUCUUAAAUGUUUUCUUGGAGUCUUCAAAAUGGAAAUGGCAGAAGUGACUGGCAUGUCAAUGAAACGUGGAUCACAGGCUGUCGAAGAUAAUGACAGUGUGACCUCAGCUGAGGAAGCCAAAAGGCAGAAGGUCUCGGAAUGCUCUCUGACCAAAGGUCAAGACAGAGCAGAGAAUGACUGUCCACCCAGUGGUGGACAUGUUCCUGGAUUGCCCAGAGCUGUCAGUGUGGAAGAGAAUCAGCAGAAUGCUGAUGCUCAGGUAGAAGAAGAGGAAGAAGGGGAGGAAGAUGGCCUUUCAGAGGAUGGUGAGGAAGAGGAGGAGACUGAGAGUUUUGCAGACAUGAUGAAGCAUGGACUCACUGAACUUGAUGUCGGCAUCACCAAGUUUGUAAGUUCUCAUCAAGGCUUCUCAGGAAUCUUAAAAGAAAGAUAUUCUGACUUCGUUGUUCAUGAAAUCGGAAAAGAUGGCCAGAUCAGCCAUUUGGAUGAUUUAUCUGUCCCAGUGGAUGAGGAGGAUCCUUCAGAAGAUGUAUUUACGGUUUUAACAGCUGAAGAAAAACAACGUUUAGAAGAGCUCCAACUUUUUAAGAAUAAGGAGACCAGUGUUGCCAUCGAGGUUAUUGAGGACACCAAAGAGAAAAGAACCGUCAUCCAUCAAGCUAUUAAAUCUCUCUUUCCAGGAUUAGAGACAAAAACAGAGGAUAGAGAGGGGAAGAAGUACAUUGUAGCCUACCAUGCAGCUGGGAAAAAGGCUUUGGCAAAGGUCAGAACUGCAGCAGAUCCAAGAAAGCAUUCUUGGCCAAAAUCUAGAGGAAGUUACUGCCACUUUGUGCUAUACAAAGAAAACAAGGACACCAUGGAUGCUAUUAAUGUACUAUCCAAAUAUUUAAGGGUCAAGCCCAAUAUUUUCUCUUACAUGGGAACCAAAGAUAAAAGGGCCAUAACUGUUCAGGAGAUUGCUGUUCUCAAAAUAACUGCACAAAGACUUGCACACUUGAACAAGUGCUUGAUGAACUUUAAACUGGGGAAUUUCAGCUAUCAGAAAAACCCUCUGAAAUUGGGAGAACUUCAAGGGAAUCACUUCACUGUCGUUCUCAGAAACAUAACAGGAACUAAUGACCAAGUACAACAAGCCAUGAACUCUCUCAAGGAGAUCGGAUUUAUUAACUACUAUGGAAUGCAAAGAUUUGGAACUACAGCUGUUCCUACAUAUCAAGUUGGAAGAGCUAUACUACAAAAUUCCUGGACUGAAGUCAUGGAUUUAAUAUUGAAACCCCGUUCUGGAGCCGAAAAGGGUUAUUUGGUUAAAUGCAGGGAAGAAUGGGCGAAGACCAAAGAUCCAGCCGCUGCCCUGAGAAAGCUACCUGUCAAAAGGUGUGUGGAAGGGCAGCUGCUUCGAGGACUUUCCAAAUAUGGAAUGAAGAAUAUAGUCUCUGCAUUUGGCAUAAUACCAAGAAAUAACCGCUUAAUGUAUAUUCAUAGCUAUCAAAGCUAUGUGUGGAAUAACAUGGUAAGCAAGAGAAUAGAAGAAUAUGGGCUGAGACCUGUUCCAGGAGACCUGGUUCUGAAAGGAGCAACAGCCACCUAUAUUGAGGAGGGAGAUGUUAACAGUUACUCCAUCCAUGAUGUGGUCAUGCCCUUGCCUGGUUUUGAUGUUAUCUAUCCAAAGCAUAAAAUCAGUGAAGCCUACAGGGAAAUGCUCAUGGCAGACAAUCUUGAUAUUGACAACAUGAGGCACAAAAUCCGAGAUUAUUCCUUGUCAGGAGCCUACCGGAAAAUCAUUAUUCGACCUCAGAAUGUCAGCUGGGAGGUCGUUGCAUAUGAUGAUCCUAAAAUUCCACUCUUCAACACAGAUGUGGACAACCUAGAGGGGAAACCACCACCAGUUUUUGCUUCUGAAGGUAAAUACAGAGCUCUGAAGAUGGAUUUUUCUCUCCCUCCUUCUACCUACGCUACCAUGGCUAUUCGUGAAGUGCUAAAAAUGGACACCAGCAUCAAGAAUCAAACCCAGCUAAACACCACCUGGCUGCGCUGAGUCCUUUGCCCACGGAUGAGAGGAUGCAGACAAAUGCUUGCCAGCCUCCUGCUUAUGGUUCUCUGUCCAGACACACAUGUGGAUUUUGAAUUUUUGUAGUAAAAGAUUAUUUGUAUUUUUCCAAUUUUUUUAAUUAGCUUAAAUCAUUUGCAGUGUUUGUAUACAUACAUAAAACCUGAGGAUCCUCAUUUUAGCUUAUAGAAUUUAACUGGUCAGAAUGUAUUUCAGGUGCUUUACUAGCUUUAUAGUAACAAAAAGGACUUUGGUUCAGUGUAACAGUUUUAGGUUUUACUAUAUUAUUUAAGGGCAACAGAAGUUUCUAACACAUCCAGGAAUGGAGUAUACACAGCAGUGCAUUUUAAGAAAAAUGCCAUGAAUCUUGACUAAAAUAAGUGGAAUGCCCCACCCGUAAAUAUAUAGUAUCCAUGCACUUAAAUCAUGGUAAGGCAAUUACAGGUUUAUAAACAGCAAAACUAAUUGUCAUGAACUAGUUCAUGUACCAGGUUCAAGUGAGUGUUUAUAAAUAUUUAGUUGCAGUAGAUGUUGCAUUAUUAUCUGUGCCUAUUAGAGUUGCAUUAAUAAGGCCUUUUUUUCCUAAUGUAAACAUGUGCAGCUAUUUUUAUUAGGUAUUCUUUUUUACUCUAGGUGCCUUUAUGUUCAGAAUUCUUUCCAAUGAACUUGCAUCUGCCCCCCAAACUGUAUAAUCACAGAGAAGAAAACUAAAUAUUUACAAGGGCUCCUCCUUCUCAGCAGCAUUACCCUUUGUCUCCCCCUAUGGCUUAGGUGACUUCUAGAUCUGGCAUUGCAUCAAGAUUUUCUUGGGUGUAAAAGUAUAAAUAUGCCUUUCCAGGUUUGUGUGACAUAACUGUAGUGAUUUUUACUUUCUGUCAUUUGUAGAACCAAAUAUAAUAAAUAUUUUUUAAAACUCCUAUC